AUGUUCGAAAAAAAAGGAUUGAUCUUACUAUGUGAAACAACAGUUGAAACAACAGUCACCUCGAAUUGGGAAAUAACAAACAAAACUAACCUUAAAAUGAACAAACAAAAGGCCAACCUCAAAUUGCACGUUAAAAAAAGAAAAAUCACAACCAAAGUCCAACGCCGAAUAAGUUGGAAAUCAAGGAAACAACGGGGAAAAGAGAUUAGAAACUCGUCAAGUCUUGAAAUGGGAAGAAUUUCAUCAACAGUAACAGUAAAGGAUUGUUAUAUAAAAGUGGCUGGAGAUCUUUCUGAUCUCUUUUGGGUUUAA